AUUAGUUUCCCGAUGGUUUCCCGUGUGUCGGAUCUGGCGGGCCGACGUACUCGGGCCGAAGGAAGCGCCAUCAUCAACAGGCCCAGUUAUGAGUUAUGAGGUUACUGUCGUCGGUAUCACGGACGUAGAACUCGUUACGACCGUCACCGUCAUCGCUUCCUCGGCGAUGGAGCGUGCGUAAUCACUCGGCAAUGAUGCUGCAUAACGUUGGUUCUUCUCCACAACCGAUUUUUAGCUACAGCAAGCAUCUCGUGGAUUAUCGGUCGCGUCGUCGUCGCUGCACCGCGUAUGAUUCAUAGGGCUCGUAUAUAGACCCCAUCUCGAGACUGUCCUCAGUGUAAUGCUCAAUGUGAAAUAUUCUUUUAAAGAAUUAAGAGCCAAACGGAGAUGUUGGAAGUUGGCUUGCGAGUUGUUCGUGGUCAGGAUUGGAAAUGGGACGAUCAGGAUGGCGGCGAGGGUCAUGCUGGAACAGUAGUGGAAAUCGGGAAGCCACCUUCUACAGGGAACUCGGCUUCCAGUCCGAAUCCCGCCGAUCGGACGCCAGACAAAACGGUUAUCGUUCAGUGGGACCACGGCGCUAGGAGUAAUUACAGGAUCGGUUACCAGAAUGCUUUUGAUCUGUUGAUGUUUGAUAAUGCAGCCGCUGGCGUUAAGCACUCCAACAUUAUCUGUGACGGUUGUAAGAGACACGGGAUAAUUGGCAUGAGAUGGAAAUGUUCUCAGUGCUUUGACUAUGAUCUCUGCACACAGUGCUACAUGGCCGAUGUACAUGAGCUGACUCAUACAUUUCAAAGAUUUCAAACAGCUAAUUCUAUAGGAGUUCAACUAGGACCGAGAGAAGGAUGCACCAAAAUACCCUUGAAAGGAAUCUUUAUAGGAGCAAAAGUCAUUCGCGGACCAGAUUGGGAAUGGGGAGAUCAGGAUGGUGGCCGUGGAAAGACUGGCAGAGUCAUGGAUAUACGUGGUUGGGACAAUGAGAGCAGUCGUUCUGUCGCAACUGUCACAUGGUCCACAAGUAGCACGAACGUAUAUCGAUUAGGUUACAAAGGUUGCGUAGAUUUGUGUUAUGUGGAGGAAGCUAAUGCUGGUACCUAUUACAAGGAGCACCUUCCGUUACUCGGCCAACCGGUCUUGACCAUACCAGACAACGGAAAUAGCUCGACACCGACAAAAAGUAGUGUCUCCAGCACCUCUAGUCCACACCAUCUGACAUUUAAUGUUGGUGACAAAGUGAAAGUACUAAUUGAGGUCGAUAUAUUAAAAGAAAUGCAAGAUGGUCAUGGUGGUUGGAAUCCACGUAUGGCCGAAUACAUAGGAAAGAUUGGCACAGUACACCGAAUUACAGACAAGGGAGAUAUUCGCGUGCAAUACGAAGGCUGCAAUAAUAGAUGGACUUUCCAUCCAGGCGCUUUGACGAAAGUCACCGCAAAGGGCGCGUUCUCCCUCGGUGACAUAGUCCGUGUAAAGAGCGAUUUAGCCGCUGUCAAACAGUAUCAAGUUGGUCACGGCGAAUGGACAGAUAUCAUGAAAAAUGCUCUAGGAAAGACCGGAAAGAUAAUCAAAAUUUAUCCUGACGGUGAUUUGCGUGUAGCACUAGAUGGUCCUACAUGGACAUUUAAUCCACUAAGUGUCGUUCCUGUAUCUUCUGGCACGAAUCCUACGGCUGCUGUACAUGAUAAUGCGAAUAGAUUUAAAGAUCGUUCAGUCGAAGGUACUGAUAGCGAAGUGGAGAAACUGUUGAGAGACGCGGCUAGGGGCGAAGCCGGUGUGGUCGCGGUGCGAGAAUUUCUCAAAAAAUAUCCUGGCAAGGUGGAUGCGCGCGCUCCUGGCGGCGGCAGAAAAACGUGUCUACAAGUGGCUUCACAUCAGGGCCAACGUGAGCUUUGUAAUCUUCUUCUAGACGCCGGCGCCUCUCUACGAGCGGUUGACGAGGACGGUGAUACGCCCUUGCAUUACGCAGCAUUUGGUAAUCAACCAGAGAUAAUGGAACUGCUACUAUCACGAGGUGCGGCUAUCAACGCCGUCAACAAUGGUAGAUGUAGCGCACUACAUGUGGCGGUUAACAAACAACACGCACAAUGCGUGAGAGUGCUUUUGCGUCAUCAUUGCGACGUCAAUCUGCAAGACUCGUAUGGUGACACAGCAUUGCACGAUGCAAUUGGAAAGGACGCGUUAGACGUGAUCGACGCAUUAUGCGCUUGUGAAAGAGUAGACUUUACGCUUCGGAACAAACGAGGCUUCAAUGUUUUGCAUCAUGCUGCGUUAAAAGGCAACGCUCACGCAACGGAGAGGCUAGUCGCACGCGCACGUCAUUUGAUAGAUACGAAAAAGGAGGAUGGAUUUGCAGCGUUGCAUCUGGCAGCAUUGAACGGACAUAAAGAAGUUGCGGCCAUCCUUCUUUCACAAAACGGUGGACGCGCCAAGGUCGAUCUACGCAACAAUCGACGACAAACUCCGUUACACUUGGCCACUUCGCAGGGACACUGGUCGAUUGUCGAAUUACUAGUUCACGCUGGUGCGGACAUUGGUAGCACGGACGAGGAUGGUGACACCGUGCUGCAUAUUGCGAUAGCAAAAAGCCCGAAUCAACAAACUGCCGUGCCUACGCCAGAGAGUAGCCGAGAUUCGCCGCUUAUAUAUGCGAUCUGGCAGAAUCUGGCGAGGCAAAGCACAAAGACUGAAUUAGCACUAGCUUGUUUUCUCGUAAGUGUGGACAGAAGCUGCAAACUUCUUGAACAAGUUAGGAAUAAUAAAGACAAGACGCCGCUCGAUCUUUUGGAGGGCGAUCCACAAACCGCUCUGCUCGUCGAUCUUUUACGAUCCUACAAAUACCAAAGUCACAGCACGCAAUUAGAAAUAGAAAAUAAUCCACCAAGUAAUUACGUAGAACCAUCUACGGAUCGGAUAGAUAAUAUGUCACAAUCGGAAGGAUUGCGUAGCGCGAGGAAAAGUAUAUCCGGUUCCGGUGACGCUGCGGAAUGUCGAGAUUGCUCAGGACUCGUAACGGGCACAAAGCAAGAGAAUCGACUUGAUCCUAGCAGUAGCGUCACGCUUGGUUGUGCACAUUGCGGUCAUACCGUCGUUAAAACGCAAUCGAUUCAAGAUGGUCAGCUGGCAACAGGUGAGGUUUCAAUAGCUAAUUCGGAAGAAAAAUCAAAAGAUAUGUCGUCCGAAGGAAAACGGAAGGAAGAGAUCAACGACAGGGAAAAAGAAAAGGACAAAGACUUGGAGCGAUUACGUUAUCUCGAAACUAGAGUCGCGGAUCUCGAGGAGGCGAACAUGUGCAGCAUUUGCAUGGAACGUCGUCGUAAUGUCGCUUUCCUUUGCGGUCACGGUGCCUGCGAACACUGUGCCGCCCCGCUAAAAACUUGUCACAUGUGUCGCAAGACGAUCACAAAAAAGAUUAAUCUGUAUUAGAUAGGUUCAAUGAGACCAAACGUUUAUGCCGAUAUAACAACAUUGGUUUUUCAAGCGGUAUACAAUGUUCCAGGAGGAAGCAUCGAUACUUCAACUGGUAAUAAUAAUUAUCGUGAAUAAGAUGGUUGUGAUAAACUAUAUAUGUCUGGCUUUAAACAAUUUAGCCGCUAUGUAAUUUGGAGGAGACAUUUGAAAAAGAAGAUAUCGCAGGAAUCUUUUUACUUACUGUGAUCGAUGCUAUUACCUUCCAAGAUAUCAUUCAUUCAAGAUAUGCUUUUUAAGAUAUUGUAUAUAUACAUAUUGUAUAUAUACAUAUAUAUAUAUAUACAUUUGUCCAAAUGAUAUAAAAAAUGAUGAAUUCUGCCAAUGUCUGUGGAUGUGCGUAGAAAAACGUUUAUCAGUUGACCAUAGUGAUACGUGCUGAAGCGUUUCAUGUGCUGAAAAAAAUUAAACUGCCAAAACAUACAUUUUUUUAUUCCGUGACAAUUCCGACAUGUGAAAGAACGAGCUCCACUAUAUCGCACAAAUAUCACAUCGAGAAAGGUUUACGCGCAUCACGAGAUCCGCGUUCGCUCGGACACGAGAUAAUUCAAUUUUACAUUACCUUUUUUUUGACUUUUUUUCAGAAUUCAUUGAGCAAAUUAAUAUAUACUGAAGAUAUCUCGUAUCUUGGCAAACGAGUGCAAUAUACAAUUGUACGCUCUCCUUCCUCUCGGCGUAAUGCCUAUGCUUUAUCCCGUCCAUUUUUUAAUCCAUGUUUAAAGAAAAUGCAGAUGAUAAGCAGGAAAAAACGAGCUCUCGAAUUUUACUUACGAAAGACAUUGUCGUUUUUACGCGAUAAAAAUCAUAGAAAUUCGUAGAAAUUCGUGUAUGUAUAUAUCGCCACAUUAUUGCGAAAGAUACCGUUUUAUAAAAGUAUUCAAAGACUCUGGCAAGAUUGUGCGAGCUUUUGCUGUUUCACGCGCAAUAGAAGAGAAGAGAGAGAGGAGAAGACACACUUAGAUAUAAUUUAAUUCUAACAUAUAGUCGAAAAAAUUCUUCAUUAUGAUGAAAAGUUUUCGAUGAUCUAAUGUAGAAAUGUUAAAACUGUCUUGCAAACCUUCUUCCACUAUAUGACAAUUAUUGUUUAGAGCUGCGAAUCUCUUUUGAUAUUCAAAUGUGUCCUCCUCUCUUUCUCCCUUAUCCGCAUUUUGCGUAUCGUUCGAUAAAUCUUUUUGCAGGAUAAGUAAGACACGCUAAAAGGAAAUACAUGCCCAGCCAAAUUUUUAGAUAGAAUAAUUAUAUACUUAUUUGUAUAAAGUAAUUCGUUUGUGAUCCAGUGACAAUGCAUGGAACCAAUUAAUUUUAAGCGUGUUUCUCACUAUGAAUGCAUGUCAAAUGAAAGAAAAAAACAAGACGUAGUUUAUAAAGUUGUCGAAUUAUCAGGGUACAACCUUAUUAACACGAGGAUUGAUCUUUAAGAGAUCUAUUACGAAAAAAUAAAACAAUUUCGAGCGAUUUUUUGUUUCUAUCAGUAUUAGACAUCUUGCCUUUCUACACAACACAACGAAAAACUCGAACUCGAGAUGCGCGCGUAGGGAAUUCUAUUUAAUGCAAAUAAAGAUUUAACGAUGUACCAUGGUAUAUCGGAGCUGCGAUAAUCAAUCAAUUUUUUUUAUAUCGACUAACUUAAAUAUUAGUAAUUUUUAUAUUAGAAACUAAAGAAUCGAGAGGGAUUCUUUUUACGAAUGAUCGUGCUGGGACGAGGACAGGGUAACGCAUCGCGAAUUUUA